AUGUGGUUCUGUGGACUUGCUCCUCUCUUACUUCUCAUGCCAGGUUUUAUUGUACUUGUGUUACAACUAGUUCUAUACCUGGAGAAGGAUGGAGAGUGUGAUUUGACAAUGUUUAAAAAUAAUUCAGAAGCUUUUCGUGCUUGCCAAGCACAGUAUGCUCUUCAACAGAAUUGGUUUCCUGAUCCGAUACAGGGGUUGUUUUCGUACCAGACUUGGAACGGAAUGGAUGGUUUCUGGCAGAACGGUGUUGCUGUGGAAUCUAUGGCUAAUUCUAUGUUGUACAUGAAUAACACAAGGUAUAAAUCUGCUGUUGUGAACUCCUAUCGAUCCUUGGACCAACUUCUUCUCGCGUAUGGGCCUCAGCCCUCAUAUGACGACAUGGCAUGGUACGGAUUAGCUUACGCCAGAGUGUUUGAGAUCACUGGAGAGAAGAAUUUUUUGGAACUAAGUUUCCAAAUUUUUGAGUGGAUUUGGAGUGAGGGUUGGGAUACAAGUAUCUGCAAUGGCGGGGUUUGGUUUGAUCAAAGUCAGAGCGGUAAACAAACCAUUGAAAAUGUGCAGAUGAUUCAACUUGCUGCUAAACUGAGUCGGUUGUUAAAAAAACCAGAAUUACAAAGAAAAGCCAACACAGUUUUGAACUGGGUGGUUAAGGUUGGUUUGAUAAAUAAGACUAGCUACGAGGUAUAUGAUGGUAUAUCUCUAGAGACAUGUGAGAGAGCUGGAGACACUAAGUUUACCUACACAGCUGGAACUACUCUUGGAGGUUUAGUAGAGCUAACAAAGCUCACUGGAAACACAACAUACCUCGCUCUCGCACAUAACGUUACCAAAAGUGUUCUGAAUACCAUGACUCUCAAUAACACUCUAAUGGAACCUUGUGACCGAGAUGCGUCCUGUAACUUAGAUCAACAAAUAUUUAAGGGAAUUUUUAUGAGAAAUCUGAAAUACUUGAUUGACUUUGAUGCUAAUUCUAGUUUUGUUCGUGAAUACAACAAGUUUAUAGAAGCUAAUAUAGAAACAAUGUUUACACAUGCCUCAUGUACUCCGGGUGGAGUUAAUUCUACAACUUGUCAUAUAAUAUACUUGAACGGAUCUCCUUACAAUUCUGCAACAGGACCAGUUUUUGAUUCAGUCUGGAGCGGUCCAUUUCAUGAAUCUCGUCCUAUCCAGCAAACUAGUGCAUUAGAUCUACUCUUGGCAGGUAUCCAGGCUACGGUGGAGUGUGUCGGAAAGAAAUGUGAGUAUGAUCCUGCUCCUCCUCCUCCUCAUCAUCUGACUUGUGAAGAUGAUCCUUGUCCAGUAGGACAGGAUUGCUGUGAAUACGAAGAAGAAUAUGCCUGCUGUAAUACAUAUCAGAAAUGUCAGGAUGGAAUAUGUUUGUAA